AUGGAUCUCUUUCAAGAACAGAUCCAUGGUAGAUCUGUUCUUGGAACAUAUACGAUGGUGGAUUUGUUUCAUGAACAGAUCCACCAUCUUUGGAUGACCGGGAAAUUUUAUGGUCAUCAUUCACUCGGAGAAGAUGACCGGAAAAUUUUCCGGCAGUGGUGGGGUGGCGGCGAUGAAACAAAUGAUGAAAUUCCAUUUAGUUAUAUUGAAGCAAGUGGCAGAGGACCAUCAAAAUGGGGUGAACUUGAUCCCAAAUGGCGAGCUUGUGGCGUUGGAAAACUUCAAUCUCCUAUAGAUUUUGUGGACAAAAAUGUGAAAGUAAAUUCUGGAUUAGGAGAGCUACAAAAAAAUUAUAAACCUGCUAAUGCUACUAUAAUUAGCAGAGGAAGAGAUAUUAUGGUAGCAUGGAAAGGUGAUGCAGGAAAUAUUAUAAUCAAUGGGAUUUCUUACAAUCUGCAACAUAGCCAUUGGCAUACACCUUCUGAGCACUCAUUCAACGGUACAAGGUAUGAUCUGGAGCUUCACAUGGUUCAUCAGAACUCUCAUGGACAAGUAGCUGUAGUUGGAAUUGUUUAUCGAUAUGGUGAACCGGAUUCAUUUCUUUCUAAAUUGUUUCCUUACAUAAAAUCAGUUACAAAACAAGAGAAAGAUUUAGGAAUUGUGAAUCCAGGAGAAAUUGAAUUUGGAAGCAGAAAAUAUUACAGAUAUAAUGGUUCUCUUUCAGUUCCUCCAUGCACUGAAGUUGUUCUUUGGACACUCAUCUACAAGGCGAGGACGGUUUCUCCGGAGCAAGUUCGAGCUCUAAAGAAUGCAGUUGAUGAGGGAUUUGAAAUGAAUGCAAGGCCACUUCAACCAUUGUAUGCAAGAGAGGUCUAUUUUUAUAAUCCAUGGGACAUCUGAAACCAAGCUUCCUGAUGUUACUAAAACUUCAUGAGAGAUUAAAUCUGAAGACUGUAUUCAUGUUAUUCAAUUCGUUCUCAAUGUUUCCGAAUAA